AUGCGCGACACGACUGAAGGCCUGAACAGUUUUAUCCGUGGCAUCGAAUUCACACCGGGAGAUAACGUGGCGAUUUUGGACUCCGAACACCCCAAUCAUGCACAUGGCUGGAUGGCCCUUCGGGAGGCAGGACUCGAAGUGCGACAAGUUCCGACGAUUCCCGAAUCCGAGAAAACAGGUAACGUCGUCGAGGCUGAUGCGGAGACUUUUGCUCCGUAUGUCGACGGCCGAACACGUGCUAUUGGCCUCAGCUCCGUGAUAUUUCACAGCGGGCAGAAGAAAGAUAUCAAGGAUAUCUGUGAUGUAUACCGGCUAGGGCCUGAGGAACGAUUUCAUUAUUGA